GUUCAUUUGUUUGACGACGUACGUACACAAUAUUGUUGCUCUCCCAUAGCACUAUAUCGGCGAGUACCGGUACCCAACGAUGGCCACUCGCUGUCCACUCAGCAUUUAAAGCUCGUUUCCUUCUCGUCAGGCGCCGCCGAUAACAAAGGUUUCCGGAUCAUGUGCCGCGAAGCACCCACCAUCUGCAUCUGUGUGUGACUACCAAUCUUUGUUCCAAGCUCUUGCCCGCAUAUCGAGAUCGACGUGACGGAUCCAUCUUAAGCAUUGAUAGCCAGGCCGACUUCAUCCGUCUAGAAGUAGUGACGCUGACGGGAACUCCACGCAUUGCCAGCGAUGUUCGCCUGCUGGUCAGCCGGAGUAUGUUGGUCUUUUGCAACUCGAGCCUCUUUGUCGAUGCGGGACUGGACACGAGCAAGAACCUCUGGUGUCGGGUUCGGAAUAGACUCUGGAGUCGGUUUGGCAGUGCCGUUCAUAAGGGAUUCGUAUCGAUCGCGGCAUGCGUUCUGGGAGAAGUUGAUCACGGGCUCAGGUAUCGUCAGUUCCGGGCUCGUACAUUUUUGGCAAGGAUAACACCGCUCACCUUGAGAUUCUUCAUGCCAUCGGCCACGAUGCGCCAUUUGCGGGUAUCAAUCUCAGCCUUGAGUCGGUCGACUUCGGCGUCGGCUUUGAUGACAGCUUGGAGCAAGACAUCAUCCUAGGGCAUAUUAGUUUGUGCUGACCCAGAACAAAAGAGACUGCAUACAUCGCCGUCAUGCCAAUCAGUCAAGUCUGCAUCGAGGAGGUCAUCCUGUCUCUUCUGCAAUUUGGCCUUGAUACGUCUCCAGCGGGUGCCGAUGGUCUUUGGAUUGUAUGCAAUGCGACCUUGAUCGAUAAGAGCCUGCGCGAUGUCUCUCUCCAAGAAACGUGCCUCUUUCAUGCGAACGAUCAGUUCAUCGUCGGAGUCGAGAUCUGCAGAGACCUUUUUGGCAAUGGCAGGACGGCCACCACGCAUCUUCAUGUUCUUGACAUCGGAUGCUUCGAGGGCAUUACCAAUGAAUCUGGACUUGCGACGAGCUUUCGACUUGCGGGUGGAUCCCUGUCCGACUGUUAACAAGGAGUUUCGGGAGGUCAUAGUAACGCUCGGUCACCUCAGGCACCAUGUCAUCGGCAUCAGAUUCGAGGUCAGCACCGUUAUCGCUGUCGUCAUCAUCCCAAGCGGUGUCACCUUCUUCUCCCUUGGGUCCACCGACAGGGACGCCCAUGUCUAUGGAUAAAUUCAGCCUCCUCCCAUGCCUCCUGUGAGUUGCUGACUUACCUUUUGGGAAGUAGGUUGGGUCGAGUUGUUGAUGGGCGAAGUAUGGGAGAGGGUGUUGGCUCUGCUUGUAGACGACAGCAGGAGCACCGCGUCUGCGUGGAUAGACAACCAGGUUUGGCCUAAUUCUCAUGGGGAUGAUGGCUCGCGCACCCAGAUCCAUGCUGGGCAGAUUAUGACUGCUUAUUCGGUGAACACGACCUGCAACCGGGUUGUGGGAGAUAGUAAUGGAGCAAGAUGACAAAAGAUUGGGUGAGAGAGGGGAGGGAGACAGGUUGAUAUGGACGCGCGAGAUCAAAGUGGCUGUUGUUGGUGUGGGUGAGGCAGUACUGCUAAGUGAAGUCCAGGUGAGGAAACGGACGGUGACCUCUGGUCUGGUGAAUUACUUGAUGUUCUGCAGGCGCUCGUCUACAGCUUGGGACAAUAGUAGCCAUUGUCUGAAGGCCACGCUCUUCUCAUUUUGA